AUCCGUUGUUCUCGUAUGUAACAACCACCCGAACCAUUCAUCGCUGCAAAUUUAAGACCCAUCUUCCUUCCCCCUUUUCCCUCUCCGAAGUUUGUAAAGUCAUGAACUUUACUGAUCACUAAAAACCCUAGUUCAGUAUAAUCACUGCUGUGUUCCUUGUCCUUUUCUCUUCCUUUCAAUUUCAAGUCAAAGGGUUUUUGUGCUGAUGGAGAUGAAUUUAGUGGCUAGUUGCAAGGGAAAGUUGGCAUAUUUUAGAAUUAAAGAGCUCAAGGAUAUUUUAUCCCUGUUGGGUCUUUCAAAGCAAGGGAAGAAGCAGGAUUUAAUGGACAGAGUUUUGGGUUUGCUCUCAGAUGAUGAAAUUUGCUCCGCUCGCAGCUUUGUAAGGAAACAGCAGAUUGGAAAGGAAGCUGUAGUGAAAAUAAUUGAUGAUGCUUACAGAAAAAUGCACAUAACAGAUGCAUCAGAUUUAGCAGUGGGGGCUCCAAGUGGCUUUCAUACUAUGAGUGUUAAAGAAGAAGUUGAAGAUUUCAUUAGUCCAGAGAAGAGGAUUCGUUGUCCUUGUGGAAGUUCACUGCCUACCGAGUUCAUGAUACAGUGUAUAGAUUCAAAAUGUCAAGUGCAACAACAUAUUAGUUGCGUCAUUUUUCUGGAGAACCCUGUGGAGAGUGACCAUCCAAUUCCACCUGUAUUUUACUGUGAAACAUGCCGUAUUGACCGAGCAGAUCCUUUUUGGGUUACUGUGGCGCAUCUAUCAUUGCCUGUGAAGUUAACGAGUUCAAAUAUUUCAAUGGACGGUAAUAUCACAUCGCAGAAAGUGGAAACAACUUUUCAAUUGACAAGAUCAGAUCAACACCUACUACAGAAUUGUGAAUAUGAUGUUCAGGCCUGGUGCAUGCUUCUCAAUGAUAAUGUUUUGUUUAGGAUGCAGUGGCCACUUUUUGCAAAUUUACAGGUUAAUGAUAUGUCCGUGAGAAUGCUAGAUAGACUGGUAUCACAGUCUCUUGGUGCUAAUGGCCGUGAUGAUGGUGCACAAAUCAAAUUAUGCAUUCGAGAGGGAAUAAAUAGAAUUUCUUUAUCAGGAUGUGAUUCUCGUGUUUUCUGCUUCGGCAUCAGACUCGUAAAGCGACGAACUGUUGAACAGGUUCUCAACCUGAUUCCCAAAGUUGGUGAGUCUUUUGAAGAUGCUCUUGCUCGUGUUUGUCGUUGCAUUGGUGGUGGGAUGAGUACUACAAACGAAGAUAGUGAUAGUGAUUUGGAGGUGAUUGCAGAGGCGAUUACAGUUAAUCUUCGCUGUCCUAUGAGUGGCUCUAGAAUGAAGAUUGCUGGCAGAUUUAAACCUUGUGCUCACAUGGGCUGUUUUGAUCUUGAAACUUUUGUGAAACUAAAUCAACGCUCCCGCAAGUGGCAGUGUCCUAUUUGUCUUAAGAAUUACUGCUUGGAGGAUAUUGUCAUUGAUCCUUACUUCAACCGCAUUACAACUUUGAUGGGUCAUUGUGAAGAAGACAUAACUGAGAUUGAGGUGAAACCUGAUGGUUCUUGGACUGUAAAGACCAAAGUUGACAUAGGUGAUCUCAGGCAAUGGCAUUUUCCUGAUGGUUCUCUUUGUGCUCUUACUGAUGAAGUUACUUCCUGUUACAAAAUCCCGAGGCAGAUCGAGAAGGGAGAUGGCUUGAAAGCACAUUUUAGUCCUGAGACCGGAAUUAAGAAUAAUCUCAGUGGAAUUGUGCAAGGAAGAAACCCUCAGCUUGCCUUUUGUUCCUCAAAGAAUCAACUUGAGGGAAGUUUUGUAAAUCAUGGCCAAAGGACACUAACAAUGAGUAGUAGCACCACUGGAAGUGGCGGGGAUGAAGAGGACCCAAGUAUAAACCAAGAUUACAGUGGGCAUGUUGAAAUAUCUCCCAGUAGUGUCAAUGAGAUCAACUCUAUCUGUCAUUAUUUUGACCCAACACUUGCAAUAAACCAUGGUAGUUCUGUGGCACCAGGGAAUGCUGACAUCAUUAUUCUAAGUGAUUCCGAUGAAGAGAAUGUCAAUUUAGUUCCUCCUGAAACUGUCUAUGAUACUUACAGAGUAAAUGGGAGUGGUUCUUCAUUGGCUGUCAAUCCUGGAAUAACAGACUCAUACUUAGAAGAUCUAGCUCUUGAUGCAGGUGCAAAUUCUUGUUUUGGUCUCUUUGAUACAGGUGUCAAUGAUGUUGGGAUGUCUAACUGGUCAUACUCUUCUUGUACUCAAGCUGGUCCCCAUUUCCAAUUAUUUAAUACAGACCCGGAUGUAUCAGAUGCUUUUAUUGAUCUGGAUCAUCCUUCCAUUAGUUGUGCUGUUCCAAUGAAUGGUUGUACACUGGCAUCAACGCCAGCUAUAACUUCUGGUGGUGAGGUCCUAGAUUCUUUAGCCUGUGACGCCAAUGUUGAUAUGGAUGUUGGCUUGGUUGAUAAUCCUAUGAGAUUUGUUGCUGAGGACCCCUCAUUACAAACAUUUCUCCCAGUUCAACCUGUGCAGCCUGACUUGGUGCACAAGCCUCCUGUAUCAAAUCGUGCCCCUACUGAGGAUUGGUUUCCCCUUAGCCUCAGCAGCACCAGUGAGAGUUUUGGCAAUCACACCAGGAAUCAUGAUCAGGGUGCUGCUAAAAUUGGGGUUGAUUUGAGAAACCAGUUAGGAUCAAAUCAAGCUACUUCAGUUGCAGCUCUAAACGAUGAAGCUAGGUCUAACAGGAAAUGUAACAAGAAAUUUUCAGAUGGCCCUUUCUCAUUUCCUCGCCAGCCGCGAUCUGUGAGACAACGUGUUUAUUCUCAAUAGAUUCUGAAAGACAAGAAGGGAAUAUACAUUUUUUGAUUCAUCAGGAAGGCUAAUAGCCACCAGCACGAUGCUCCCUGUUCAUGUCAUUUAGUCUUUUUCUUGUGAAUGAAGCAAAUAAUUUCUUUCUAGCAUGUGCAUGUGAAGCCUAUUGAUCAUGAUGCCUAUGGGAUCAACGCUGAUAUGCUACAUGAUUAUACGGCAGUAAUGGGUCUGCUUUAUUUAAUGGUACCCUUAUAUUUAUCUAUUUUUGGAUCUUGGUGUUGAAGAUUUGGCAGGUCAGACAACUAUCUUGUCUUUUUGAGUUUUACAACUGCUAAUAUCAGUCUGAACAAGGGAAUGAAAAUCGCAUUUUUCUCGGUGGUGGUUAGUCUUAGACGUCAUAGUGGAGCCAUGGGAUGGGACAGGAUGGUGAGUUGCCAAACGAGCAACAUUUGUGGCAUUACCGUGUCUAUAGGGUGAAAAUUGGAAUUGGAGUUGUCCAACAUAGAACAUUAAUCCCUAGGUGGAUGUGGAAGUAGAUGAGCAACCAACAGGAAGCAGGGCAGGUUGCUCCCUUAGUUGCUAGAGGUGGUUAAAUUUGAUUUCCAUCUCUUUGGGAACUUCUAUGUUACAACAUUGGAAGGCAUGCGAUAUGAUACCAGGUUAUUGCUGAAGUGGGUUUUGAAAUAGAUGCAACCAACUGCAAGCAAGGCAGAUUGUAUUCAACUAUGAAAGAGGGGCUGUAGAUGGGGUUCAUCGCACUGCCUACAGACAAGUUGGGCGCUCAGAUGAUUUAUCUCUGGUGGCCGAGGUUGAGCAUGGAGAGACACUGCAAAGGGGGGUAAAUAUUGGCUGUGUGACUUGCAAGGUAGAUUCAAGAUGUUAAUCCUGCAACUUGCAUGAUUCAGCAAUUUUCUUCGUCGUGCAAUACCUGUGAAAUGACUCGGAUGAAGAUUCUAAGAUCCUAUAGGCAGAACUAUGACAUGUAAAGCAAUGAGUAUUCGGAGGCACCUUUUUAACCUUCUCUUGAAUAUUAUUACGCUCGUUGUGUAAUCUUGGGGCAAAGCUGCAUUACAUUUUCUCAAAGCCACCAAUUUUACUCGAGAAAAGGUCUAGGUUUGUUUUUCUGGGAUGUUCCUUUUGUGAUCUUUGGUUCUUCAAAGUCUUCCUUGCUCUUUAUGCCGCGUCUAGUUUUCUUGUUGCGUUGGUACUUCCAUGUUUGUGCAGAACAAAUAUUGUCGCCGUAUAUAUGAUUGCCAAGUUUAAUCCUUUUCA